AAUUUUAAAUAAAUUGAAUCAAAAAAAAUCAAUAUAAAUUUCCUACAAGUUUUUUUUCGAAUUAUUGAUUGUUUCAUUGAUUCGAACGUUUUGUUUUUCUGUUUUUGUUUGCCAUCAAUUCCAAUCAUGUCAUCAAUGCAGAAACGAUUACAAAAAGAAUUAAUGUCAUUGAAAAAAGAUCCACCAACCGGUGUAUUUGUAGAUGAAAUGAAGAUUGAACCAGAUAUGUCACAAUGGUCCAUCGAUAUUGUUUGUCCAAAAGGAACAUUAUAUGCAGAAGAACGAUUUACAUUGUCUUUCAAAUUUAGUUCAAAUUAUCCAUUCGAUUCACCUGAAGUAACAUUUAUUGGCACAAACAUACCAAUACAUCCACAUGUUUAUAGUAAUGGUCAUAUCUGUCUUUCAAUAUUAACUGAUGAUUGGUCACCAGCAUUAUCUGUACAAGCUGUUUGUUUAAGUAUACUAUCUAUGUUGACCGGUUGUAAAGAAAAAAAACGACCACCAGAUAAUACAAUGUAUGUUCGUACUUGUUCAAAAAAUCCGAAAAAAACUAAAUGGUAUUAUCAUGAUGAAGAUAUUUGAAAAUUUUUUUAUUGAAAACAAAACAAAACA